UGGGGGUAGGUCUGGAGAGGAACUAGGGAUGGGACUGAGGGCUGGGCCUGAGCGGCCGAGUUAAGGUUAAUGUCUGAGAUAAAGGUGAGGCACUAAGGUUAAAGUGGGACAAAGAGGGAAGAGCUUGGAAGGACCUGGGGUGCCUCGGAAGAAGAGCUCGGCUGAAGCUUAGACUUGGGCUGAGAAGGCAACACAACUUAGAACGCGGGGUGGGGGGGGCGGGGGAAGGUAGGUGGAGAGGCCGGACAAGCAUGAGGCUUUGUUGAGGGCUGGACGGGAGCGAAGCUGAGAUUGGGGUUUACGGUUGGCUCGGCCAAGCUAGAAUUGGACCUCUGUGAGGAAGAGUCUUGUAGAGGAAAAACUGGACUAAGAGCUAUGUGGGUCAGGACGAGAAUGACGACUGAAAGGUGGACUAAGGAAAAGACUGAGAACAAUGCCACCAUCUGGGAUGAAAGCAGCAGUGCUGCUCUGGUGUCCAACCUGGAACCCCACCGUCUGUGCUGCAAGGGCGGGGAAGCUCCUCGGCCCUCAGGACUGGGAGGAUUCUGUACAAAUGAGCAUCACCUAUGUAAACAGGUUACCCAGCUGGGAGAGAGGACACCUGCUGGCUGCUGUGGCGUCUAGCACUGACGCAUCUACCUUCUCCUCUGAAGGUGAAUUCAAGGACAUUGACAGGUGCUGCUGGAAACACAAGCAGUGCACGGGGCAUCUCAUCCACCCCUUCACCUCCGACUAUGGUCACUACAAACUGCACCUGCACUCCAUCAGCCACUGCGGCUGUGAUUGCAGGGUGAAGGACUACUCAGAGAAGACAAAUAGCAGCAGCUCCCGAGACGUAGGCCCAACCUGUUCCCGAGAUGUGGGCUCAACCUGUCUCAACAUCAUCCAGACCCCUUGCUUUGCAAAACUCAUCCCAGAGGAAGAGUGUGUGGAGCGGUUCUGGUAUGGCUGGUGCAAGAGCUACAGGCCUGUCUCUGUGGCAGUGAUCCACCAUCCCAUCCACCACGAGUGUGGGGCAGACGACCUAAAUGAAGAAGAGGAAGAGGAAGAAGAGAGCAAGCCUCCCAUCCCGAUCCAGGUGGGGCCCACCGCCACCGCACCCACCGACACAGGCAGAGGAAUGGGCACAAUCACGGGUACCCCAGACUCGGCGGCUCCCAUCACCAUCUGGCGCUCUGAGAGUCCCACAGGGAAGUCCCAGGGUAGCAAAAUUGUCAAGAAGGUCAAGAAGAAAAACGAAAAAGAGAAAAGUGAGGAGGAGAUAGAUGAGAAGGCAAAGCUGAAGAAAAAAGUCAAGAAAGGCAAGCUGACUAAAAAGAAAAGCCCAGUUAAAUCAGAACCUUCGCCUGCAGACUUGAGCAGAUCAGCAAGCCCAAGGGAACUGGCCAGGAUGUCAGAGUCCAGCCCGGACAGCAGGGAGGACCUGGAGAGUGAGGACAGUUACAAUGAACAAAGGCGGGAGGAGCCCUUUAGCGAUGAUGUUGUGGAGUCUUCAUCACCCAGAAAGAGAGAGAAGAACACGGUCCAGGCCAAGAAAGUUGGAGCGAAGGCCUCUCCAGUCAAGGUCAACAAGAGGAAAUCUCCCCCAGCAUCAAACCUCGGUUGAGGCCAGGGCGACCGGGGUGAAGAAUAAAUACGAUCAAGCCUGUAGCUGA